CAUGACAUAUUUUCAUUGUUUGCAGUACGCUUGGCAACUCCGAAUUACUAAUCUCUGAAUAAUUAUUCAUGUUACGUGUACUCAGUUAACAAUAUCACCCAUUCAAGUUAUGGUCGAAUACUUUUUCAGAACCUUUUAAAUGCCUGAUACUAAACUUGAAGAAAAUAUCAUAUCUGAGCAAGUGAAACGCUUGCAGAAAGUCUUAACGUUCCGAACAAUUUCAAAACUAGUCAAGGAAGAGGAAGUCGAAAACGGACUGGCUUGUUUUGACGACCCAAAUCCAUUACACGAAUUGCAUAAGUAUAUACGAGAACAGUUCCCGGAAAUAUUUUCAACCCCAGAAAGAGUUAGCGUUGAGUUAAUUAACGAAGGCAGUUUUCUGAUUCACGUGAAAAAGAACAGCAAUAAGAGUGAAAAAUUGGAUCGAAAUGUAAAUGAGCAAAACGAAACUGUUGAACAAAAUGGUGAAAUUGAGACUGAACAAAAUGGUGAAAUUGAGAGUGAACAGAAAGAGUCCGAUUCGGCUAAUUUGGAUUCGGGCCCAUUUCUGCUAAUUGCUCACAUGGAUGUGGUUCCGACGGUUGAUAAAGAGUGGAAACAUCCGCCUUUUGAGGGAAUAAUUGAGGAUGGCUAUCUCUACGGGCGAGGUGCCUUAGACGAUAAAGGAGCUCUAAUGGCAAUGCUAGAAGCUACCUCGUCGCUAAUUCGAGACGAAAAUUUUGUCUGCAAACGAGAUUUUUACAUUGCUUUAACUCAUGACGAAGAAGUGAAAGGCAAUUUAGGCGCCAAAAAUGUGGCGCCCAAAUUAGAGAAAGUUCUAGAAGGAAAGAAGCUUGAUUUUAUUCUUGAUGAAGGAUUAGUAGUUUUCGAGGAUUUCAGACCGGGAUUUCCUCCUAUCGCGUUUGUCGCAAUUUGCGAGAAAGGUCAUUUAGAUUUGAAGAUAACUGUGAAAACCCCUGCGGGUCAUUCAUCUUUACCUCAGGCAUCAACAGCAGUGACGAAAAUGUGUGAAAUAGUAACGAAGUUGAAUAAGUUCAGUUUUCCGAUUUAUCUGAAGGGAACUCCAAUGCAUGGGUCGCUAAAUGUGCUGUCGCCAUUUUUCUCGGCAGCCCAAAGGACCUUGAUAAACUCAAUAGGUAUGUCUGACACAAUAAUGAAGAAGAUCAUCAGUUCUGAUCGGCUCUCAGCCACUCUGAUGCAGACUACUAAAGUGGUGACUAAGAUAGAAGGAGGAACUUCAGGCAAUGUCAUCCCCUCGGAGUGUUCUGCUAAUGUCAAUUUCAGGUUGCACCCGAACGAUACGUGUGACAGAGUGAUGGAAACUGUGAAGAAGCUGGUAGGGUCAAAUGAGGUCACAAUUGAGAAGAUGGACUCACGGGAUCCUCCGAAGUGCAGCAGCACUGACUCAGUUGCAUAUGAUAGAAUAGUUAAAGCUGUGGGGGAAACAUUUAAAGAGUGCGAGGUCAAGCCUGUGGUUGCUCCGAAUCUCCUGACUGGCCAAACAGACAGCAGACACUUCCAGCACUUAACUAUAGAUACAUACAGAUUCACGCCCUAUUACAUGAAGAGGGCAGACAUACAGUCGAUUCACGGACACAAUGAGAGGAUUGGAAUAGACAAUUACCACCAGGUUAUUGAAUUCUUCACUCGGUUCAUCAGAGAGACUGCUUUCGAGACGAGGAAAGAAGUUUCUAACCAAUGAAAUGAAAAUUCAACUUCAUUUGAGCUUGACUGAGUAUUAUGAUGAAUGCUCUUUUCCUACAUAGUAUUCCGUCUGACUGGAUCCAACUCAAUAAUAUCUAUAUACAUAAUUGCUAAAUUUGAUCGAAUAUUGUUUUAUGUAUUUCAAAAAGCGUUUUGAUCAACUGAAGUUUUAAGUUUCGAAGCUCUGGGUUGGUAAAACCUUACUGCUUCCAUGAAAUCUAAAUGGUGCUUAAUUAGCUGGUUUAUGAUUAUAAUUUCUAGUUUUGU